AUGUGGCCGGGUGGGGCGCCUCGCGGGUUCAAGAGGCUAUACACCUUCAGCGAUCAUUCUCAGAGGCUACACACCUUCAGCAAUCAUUCUCAGAAACUACACACCUUCAGUGAUCAUUCUCAGAGGCUAUACACCUUCAGCGAUCAUUCUCAGAAACUACACACCUUCAGCGAUCAUUCUCAGAGGCUACACACCUUCAGCGAUCAUUCUCAGAGGCUACACACCUUCAGCGAUCAUUCUCUGAGGCUACACACCUUCAGCGAUCAUUCUCAGAGGCUACACACUUUCAGCGAUCAUUGUCAGAGGCUACACACCUUCAGCGAUCAUUCUCAGAAGCUACACACCUUCAGCGAUCAUUCUCUGAGGCUACACACCUUCAGCGAUCAUUCUCAGAGGCUACACACUUUCAGCGAUCAUUGUCAGAGGCUACACACCUUCAGCGAUCAUUCUCAUAAGCUACACACCUUCAGCGAUCAUUCUUAG